AAACACUCGUGGCCCAGGCCGGGUCGUCCACUCCCGUCCCACCCCAUCCUUUCCACGGUGGCCGGAGCGAGUCCCUCCGUCCCUGCCCACCACCGGCGAGCAAACGAUGAACUCGUCGGCGGUCACCUGCUGCUACUGGCCCCCACCACCCCACGCUCCCGGCGGCAAGGCAUCACCCUCUCCACGCCUCAACAACAAGAGCAGCACAAGAAUCGGACGAAGGGACCUGGUGCUCAGGAGCAGCGAGCUCGCCACGCUCGCCGCCAUCUUCCACUUCAGUGGCACCAAGCCGAGCUACCUUGGCGUGCAGAAGAGGCCCCCCUCCCUCGCCUUGUGCCCGGCGACCAACAACUGCGUGUCCACCUCCGAGAGGAUAAGCGAUUCCAAUCACUACGCUCCCCCAUGGAAUUACAAUCCCAAGGAUGGCCCCAGGGGUAAACCCAUAAGCAAAGAUGAGGCCAUGAAAGAGCUCAUUGAAGUUGUGACCAAGACAAAGCCGGACAACUUCAGUCCUCGUGUGGUAGAGAAAGGAGACGACUAUGUUCGAGUUGAAUACGAGAGCCCUAUAUUCGGGUUUGUAGACGACGUCGAGUUCUGGUUCCCUCCUGGCAACAAAUCAAUCGUUCAGUACCGAUCGGCGUCUCGGUCAGGAUUCAUCGACUUUAAUGCUAACAAGAAGAGAGUAAAGGCACUGAGAUUGGCACUGGAAAAGAAGGGCUGGGCUUCAGAAAGCACCUUCUGAAUAUGAAUCAGCGUAGCUGUAAAUCGAUCAACUGCCAAGCCAGGAGGAACAGCCAGGCGCACUCACUAUGCAACAAUGGAAUGGAGUCAAAAGGAGGAUGGGCGCCAUUGAGGGGUCAAACCCAACAAGAUCUAGUGUAGUGUACUCCUUUUUUCUUUUUUGACUGCCUAGUGUGCUGCUACUCGACCAGCUUUCAUCCUGAGCACUACUUAACUGACUUAGUGCAUUCCUCCGACACUUAGUGACUAGCUUUCAUCGACCAGGUGUCGAUCACGCGGGACUCCAAAAAGAAACUCAAUAUAUGUUUAAGUUUCAUCAUCCAAGUGGCAAAACAGAGCAAGUGCCAGCUCGGAUGCCAGGUCACCUGAA